UAAGAACCGUACAUGUGAGGUUGUGAGGUGUACAUACAAAUUCCUGUUUAGGUUUUUUCUCCCUCAAUCAAUCGCAAUUGGAUUUGUUUUCAGAUAUUUACAGCCAUGUCUUCUUUUCGAAAAGCCUUGAAAUCUAAGCAACGAGACCACAAAGAGCGAUCACAGCUCGGUUUCAGGAAACGUUUUGGACUGUUAGAGAAGAAGAAGGACUACAAACUUCGUGCAGAUGACUACCAACGGAAACAGAAGACCCUCAUGGCCUUGCGCAAGAAGGCCAUGGAUAAGAACCCUGAUGAAUUUCAUUUUAAAAUGAUACACAACCAAUUAAAGGAUGGAGUUCACAUGAUCAAACCAAAAGUGGAAACGAUGACAGAGGAGCAGAAGAAAGUGAUGAGGACCCAGGACAUCAGAUAUGUGGAAAUGAAGCGAGUGUCGGAGAUGAAGAAAAUCGAAAGGAUGAAAUCAGAGCUCCACCUUCUUAAUGUUGAUGAGGAAAAGAAAAAUAAACAUGUUUUUUAUGUGGACUCAAAAAAAGAAGUGGAGGACUUUGACCUGGCCACCCACCUCAACACAGUCCCUGAACUGGUGGGACGAGCAUAUAACAGACCUACAAUAGAGACCCUGGAAAAGAAAAGCAUUGUGGGAACAGUGGAGCCUCAGAGUAUAAAAAAACUUGCAAAGCAGAGAGAACUUCAAUAUCUGAGGCUUUCACAGCGUAUUGACAGAGAAAAUAGCAUGUUUGUCAUUAGUCAAAAGAUCCAGACUAGAAAAGAUCUACAAGAUAAGGUUAAGAAAGUGAAAGUCUGUGAGGAGACCAGAAGUGCUCCAGCCGUCUAUAGAUUUGAGGCCAAGAGGAAAAGAUGACAUCUUUGAAUCGGCACACUGAGGAAACUCACUUUGUCUUGUGGCCACCAAUCAGCCGUUUAAUCUAUGAAGUGGACUGAAUCUAUGGAUUUGUCUUUCACUUCUAUAACGUAGUCUGUGAGGCCAUGCUGGCAAUCUUGCACACUAUAAGGCAAGGAGUUUGUACAUAUUUAUUGCAAAAUCAUUUGUUG